UAAUAAUAGUUCUCAAUCUGGACUUAAGUUAAAAAAGUAACCGGAAGCCUUGUGUUUUAUGCUAACCAAUAUUGCAGCUUGACAGUGACUUUAGCGAAAGCACCGAGCAGUCGAGGGAGAAACAGGCUUUCAUUGUGGCGAGGAUUGAGUUUAAAUUUUUCGUAACGGUACUGUUACAUAAUUUUCGUUGGGUGUCUAUUUCUCUGUUGUUGAUUCCCAGCCGUUCAAAUUGGAAUGGCCGAACCGAGCGGCAGAUAUCAGCAGCUUCCCAAUGAGGAGGACCCAGAAGAGAGCCCUCAGGUAGCAGCCGACGCUCCACCCCCAUACAGCAGCAUUGCGGUGGACAAUGCCGCCUACUUUGACUACAAGGAAGAUGGGGCUUACCCCAAGCCUCCAUCAUACAACGUAGCGACUACACUACCUUCCUAUGAUGAAGCAGAAAGAACCAAGGCUGAGACUACUGUUCCCCUGGUAACUGGAAGACAGCCUCAGCACAGGGAACGUCUGGAGACUUUUGACGAUGUAAUUCGAAGUUCACUGGAGGAUGAAGACUUUGUAACCAGAGAUGAUUUUGAAGACGCUGAUCAGCUGAGGAUAGGAAAUGACGGCAUCUUCAUGCUCACGUUUUUCAUGGCAUUUCUGUUCAACUGGAUCGGUUUCUUCCUGUCUUUCUGUCUGACCACCUCAGCAGCCGGCCGCUAUGGGGCCAUCUCAGGCUUUGGCCUCUCCCUCAUCAAAUGGAUCCUCAUUGUCCGGUUCUCCACAUACUUCCCUGGUUACUUUGAUGGACAGUUCUGGCUGUGGUGGGUGUUCCUGGUGUUGGGCUUUUUGCUCUUCCUUCGAGGAUUCAUCAACUACGCCAGAAUCCGCAAGAUGGCUGACACCUUCUCCACCCUGCCCCGCACCCGAGUCCUCUUCAUAUACUGAGCUCACAAUCCAUCAAUUUCCAUUGAAAUCCCCCCCACCCUGUAGUGAAACAUACCUUGUGGCUUUACCCAAUCAAAAAGGGAGAAAAUAACUUUUCUUUUUCCUCUGCUUGACAUGUUUUGGACAAUACAUCUAUUGUCCCCUCUUGGCGUAAAAUAGUCAAUUCUGAGACAUCUGUAAGACCCUUCAGUUGUUAGUGGUGAACUGUCAAAGUGCUAUUUGCAAUUAUGAAGUUUGUGAUGUAUAAAUGAAUGCCUUAGUCACUGUUUUUUCUGUCUGUUGGUAACAGCAGCAUGAACUAUUCUUUUUUUUAGCCACCAGGGGGCAGCCUGGUUUGUGUUGUUUUUCUCUAUCAGAUGAAGUAAUUUGUAUAGAGAAAUGGUUCUCAGCCCAGUGGGUACAUUUGGAGUAAUGGGUUGAUUUAUGCAGUGUGAAAUAAUAUAUUUCAUGUACACAUUUGAUGUGCGUUUAAACCUUCUGACCAAUGCUUUUUGUCCUUUGUGAAGUAGUGUAUAAUUCAGGCAAUACAAGACUGAAGAGG